AAUUCAAUAUGACUUGUAUUUGUUUUCUGCUAGAGUGACACAUGGUGAAGCUAGAAUGACAUAUGAAUGACUUAAAACAGCUGUAUAGCAUUUUUAAUUCCUUGAAUAAUUAAAGUAAACAUUUCUCUCUUAUAAUGGAUAUAAAACAGAAAGUUAUACAAAAAUUUAAUGCGCAACUGGGAUCGAAUUUAAAAAAUCUUGAAAAAAUCUAUGAUUUCCAUGAAUAUCUUAAAACGGAGAAGGAUGAGAUUGAAAAAUCAUUAUCAAUGGCAUCAACUACUGCUCCUUCCAAGGUAAAAGCAGUGAUCGAAAAUGUAGAACUUAUCAGUUGCGAAGUGGAACAAUUGCAGGAAAACUGUGCUGAUCUGAACAAGGAGAUUAAAGAGACAUUUAGCGAAAAUGAUAAAAAUUUAAAGUUACAAGAAACUAUUGACAAAAUAGGUCAGCUGGACAAAUCGUUAUCCUACUUGUACUUCAUAAAAUAUAUAGAAAAUAUCAGUGAUGAAAUAGAGACAUCAUUGUCAUCUGGUGAUGAUGAAUCUAUGAUAACUUUAUAUACCAAUUUGACAAACAUCAGUUGUCAGUUGCAAACCUCUAUGUGUCGUCACCUGGUUAAUUAUGUUCAUGAAACUCUGCACUUUUGGCAUAAUUUAAUCAAGGAGAAAUUAUCAAAGGAGUACAAUGAUUUAUUAAAGACUUUAAGAUGGCCUUUUUGUGGAACUAAUGGCAAUUCAUUAAACACACCCUUGCCAGAAGUGAUGACAAGAUUCAAAAUACUCACUGAAUACCUUUUUCAUUUGCAAUUACCAGAAGAAAUGGCAAAACCUGUAGUAAAGUCUGUGCUAUUGACAGACUUUGCACCAGUUAGCUUGCCUAUUGCUCUUUUAGUACGUCCCCUUCGACAAAGGUUUAUUUAUCAUUUCACAGGAGCUAAAUUGACAAACCGUCAAGAUAAGCCAGAAUGGUUCUUUACACAGAUAUUAACUUGGAUCAAAGAUCAUGUACAAUGGGUGCAAAAGUACAUUCAACCUACAGCAGAUUCUAUAGGUUUUGGACAUUUAGACAUAAAGGCCGAAUUUAUGCGAGCUCUAGUUCAAUUAGCUGUUGAGAAACUUCAUUCCGAAUUACCCAUAGCACAAUACGAUGAUGCGUUGUUUGCACAUUUGGUGGAUGAAGCUUUAGGAUUUGAGAGAGAAUUGCGAGAGAGUCUGUUAUAUCCUCAAACUCAGCCAGCCACUGUUUUCGUUCUUACGCAAGCCCACAUUUUCAUAAAAUGGAUUAAUAUGGAGAAAAAGUAUGCAACCGAAAAAAUGGAUGCAAUAUUAAAUUCAAUCACAGCAUGGGAAAAACUGGCGGGUCCCGAUAUCGAUGAUAUGAAGGUUACUGAAUGCGCGGACGCUUUUCUUACACUUCUCACCACGAUCUCUGAUAGAUAUAAACAUUUGCCUCAGCCUGGACAUAGAUUGCAGUUUCUCGAGUUGCAAUUAGAAUUGAUCGAUGAUUGGAGAGUGCGAUUGUUGCAACUGUUACACGAAAAUUAUGACGAUCCAUUAACAUCACUCAUGCCACAUAUUCUCAAUACAUUACAUUAUGUUGCGACCGUUUUGGAAGAAUGGGGUGUGACUGCUCACUUUUUACAACUGCAAUUCUUCAAGAAGCAAUUUGAAGCUGUGGAAAAUGCCACUGACAGGGGCAGUGAUGUUAGUGAAAGCAUUGGAGAAAUAGAAGGAACUGUGUUUGAUGAAGCUGUAGCCCUCUUACAACGAUUAGAAAAGGAAUUGAUAAAUGAAAUCAGCGACUCGAUAGCUUUAGAUGUAAAGGCAAAAAGUAGAGCUUACAGAACUGACAAAUGGUUUGCGAUGCAAUCUUCAAAAGAAAUCGCUUCAUUAUCGGUAACACCGAGUGGUUGUCCCAUGUUCCAGGAAUUAGCAACCCGUCUUCACGUUUUGCAUAAUGUUCUUGCCUUGCCCUUGUUUAAUAAAGCUUGGAAGAAUUUAGCUGCUCAAUUCGAUCAAUUUCUUUUUGAGGAAGUUGUGUUGGUCAAUCGUUUCAAUAACGGCGGUGCUGAACAAUUACAAUAUGAUGUUUUAAGAAACCUGUUUCCAUUAUUUGGUUUAUAUAUCAAUAAGCCAGAAUCAUAUUUUCCUUUGAUAAAGGAAGCUUGUAUACUUUUAAAUAUUUUAAUUGGUUCAGCAAUACUACUUCAAGAAGCGUUAAAUAAUAACGAUAAAAAUGCAGUGGAGGUUUUAGCAGAUGUUGGUGUGCAUAAAAUAUCUCCUGAACUUGCUCUCAAAGUGAUAGCGACAAGAACAGACAUUAUUUGUGUAUAAAAAUAACUCUUUCUUGAAUAUACUUGUAAAAGUGGAAUUUAUUGUAUAAUAGUAAGUUCAUGCAUUUCCUGUUAAAUUGUUUGCGUAAUACAAUAUUUUUCUGUUUA